CCGCUGGACGCCGCCGUCGCAACAACAGCAGCACCAGCACCAGCAGCAGCAGCAGCAGCUCCAGCAUCCAUCGAUCGGGCUUGACGUACUGCAAGCAUAUCUGGUUCAAAAACCUGCGCAAGACAGAGCGAGCGAAGUUUUCCCUUUGAGGUGAGCGGCCCGUCCGGCCGACUUCCUGUUCGCAGCUCAUUGUUGCCCGUCGCAAGGGGAGGGCUACUUUGAAGCUCGAUCAGUAAUUUGGCGCCCGGCACCGUCACUUUCUCUUCUUCUAUUUCGUCAAGUGUGACUCUCAAGGAAAUGGCAGCGAUAAGAACGGCGAGGUUCUUGCGAGACACACGUUGGCUCUCAGACAGCUUUUUCAGCGCCGCCAACUCUUUCAAAAGACUUACGAGUACUUCCAGCGGAUUCGCGUGUCUUCUGAGGACCACAAACUGAGACUUUUUCACGGAGAGAGUUAAUGGUCGCCUCAGCGCCCAUUCACCGGGCAAAGAGCGUUGUUUCAUGGUGAUUGGAGCCAGGGACAGUCUGUUGAAGCCACCUUCGUCUCUCCUCCCCCCUCAAGCAAGCCAGUCCUCCCCGAUUAAAGUGCUGCUUCGUCCGAGAGUCACAGAGGUGGAAAACGUCCGAAAAGUGGAAACCUGGUUAUUGAGAGACGGGAAGUGACACAAAACUGUUAGACAUUUCAGAGGGUUAAAGAAGUACAGCCUUUGGUCGUUAUAACAACAGCAGAGAUAAAGAAAAGCGGUGGAUGAGACAAUUUUCAUCAUCUGCGGACUCUGAAUGAAAGGACUUUACUGUACUGUGUUGUCGACUAAGACAUCGAUGGCUAUUGUUGGCAGCAGUCUGUCACCAACACUUCAGAAACAGGGUUCAAAACAAGGUGCAUCUCCUUCGCCGGUUUUGUAGCCUUCAAAGGCAACAACUCCAUUAAUCUCAGAAUAUAAGACACACCCGUGCAAUGAAAACCAGGAAGAUGGCCUCGUAAAUAAGCAAGUCCUGGGGAUAUCUUGCCUGCUUCUUUCGUCUUCGAUUCCUCAAGGCCAAACAGUGUUGAACUAUCUCGACACCAAAUCGCUGGAUCGAGUUAGCUCCCCUGAUUUGAACCAUGUCGUCCAUCAACUCCAUGGAGCACGACAACGACACCAUGCAGCCGCUAAGGUCGUCGCAUCAUGACACGACGAACAUCGACGACGAUGGGGCCACCGACACAGAACGAGCGAGGGACGAUGUCCCGGUGCUGGACUGUGAAAAUGGAGGAUGUAAGGUCAAGCCUCUUACUUCCAAGAAAACUCACUAUUUGAGAAGCCUGAAGUUGCCGAGGCUUGGAUGCCCAGUUCGCUGCAGAGAAGGGCUGAUCCUUAGCAUAGGGGUCGUCCUGACCUGUCUUGCUCUGGGUCUCAUCGUUGCUGGAGCCAUAAGAUCGGAGGAUCAUGGGUCAAGGUCUGCCUUCCUCCACGUCAGUUCACUGCUCAAGCGGCCCCUGGCCCCAGAGGUGCCUCGGAAGCCCGUCAGGGAUGAUGUCUUCACAUUCGAUCAGCUGUUGUCGCUGAGUAACUACGCCCUCAACAAACCUACUCAACAAUCGUCCGUCUUCCUGAAGGUGCUGGACAUCCCCGAGCUUGACGGCGAGUCGGACUUUGCAGUGGAUGGAAGUGUCAACACAUGUGCACGCACAGAUCUCGAAGAAAACCCUUUCUGGUACGUGGACCUGGGGCAGAUUGAACACCUGUGGAGCGUGAGGCUUUACGGAAGUGACGCAAACCGGCUGCACGACUUCGACGUACACUUGGGAAACUUCGAGAACGUCACGGACAAUACGUUAUGCACGCGUUUCCAUGGCAGCGCGGCUUCGCUGGACGUCAGAGUCGUCUGCGACACGAAGCUCAGCGGCAGAUACCUUGGUAUCGUGAUGCGCACGGCCCCCAAGAAGCCAGAAAGCCUCAUUAUCUGCGAGGUUCUUGUUUAUCUCACGUGACCCAUCCAGUUGCCCACUAUCUCCCACAUUCAUUCGUGUAUUUGUGUAUUUCAUAACGGUGGGUUUUGUUUUUGUUUUGUUUUAUUUUUCAUAAUCUGCGGGAGUCAUUCCAUGGAUGCCCAUGAGCGAGUCUGCUAUCCACCCCAAAUGAAUAUUUGUAAAAGUCUCAUCCCCUUCCUGUGUUAUUUUUUUCUUCUCGCUCGAACAUGUUUAUUUCUAUCGAAUUUGUGCAUAACAGUGCCGUUUGUGUGUGUGUGUGUGUGUGUGUGUGUGUGUGUGUGUGUGUGUGUGUGUGUGUGUGUGUGUGUGUGUGUGUGUGUGUGUGUGUGUGUGUGUGUGUGUGUGUGUGUGUUAUCUAUUUGUUAUAUGUGUCAAAUCUGUCACAUUGUCAAGUGCCGGAGGUACGUUCAUUAACAAACUGCACAAGCGUAGGCUCGUCCAUGCGACGUCCCUCUUACCAAAAAGGACAAGUGAUUGAGAUCGAAAUCCUGCGGAAAUGGAUCUCAUUUGAGACACUGAACCAUGUAGAGAUGUUACGAAAGUUUAUAACACAUUAAUUUCCGCACACUGUCGACAGAACAAAAGGAAUCUGUCCUCGUAAGACACAUUAGAAUGGUAUACAUUUUCAAUCACUACGCCAGAAAAUGGGUGACAAAAUUUAAAAAGUGAUGCUGUAAAAAGAAAAAAAUUGAAUUGGAACAUUGAUUUAGAUGUAUCUUUGCUUUGUCGCAAAUGAGAUGACAAAACGGAAAAUACUUCUUGCCAUUUAAUGUUUUCAUUCUUGUUACAUUCAACCGUGAUUUAUAUAUAAUUUAUGUAUAUCGCUAUAUAUCCUAUUUUCCUGAUUAUUUUACAGACAAAAUGGUUUACUCCAUCUUAAGAUUGAAAUCACCCAUGUGUGUAUGUGUGUGAGAAAAGAGAAAGUCGGAUAGCGAGAUAGAUAGAGAAAACAGAUCUCUAUCGCGUAGCUGAGAGAGAAAAAGAAAGAUAAACAGUCGCAUGUCAUUUGAUAGUUGUUGCAAGGGUUUUUGCUGUCCUCAGUUGCGCGACGCAAGCAGCAGUUGCAGACCCUGACGUGUUACAAUCAUUUCCCAUUCUGCAUGACGGUUCGAACGUUUCUGAAGGGCAUUAUUUUCACUUUCUUUUUUGUGUCCGUAGGGUUAUGCAGGUUAUCAGCGGAAAUGGAUUUCCGGCCGUAAAAAAAAGUAGUCAACCCUGAGGAGAAAGGCUUUUUUCUACCAUAGCUGCACUGUAGUCGUAGAAAUUGAAACAAUUUGAAGAAAAUGCGUGCAUGCGCGGAGGAGCGUGUGUGUGUGUGUGCGAGAUAGA